GUUAGUCGCCGGCACCCGGGAGUUUUAAAGGAGCACUAUCAUGGUUAUGAAAGCUUCGGUAGAAGAUGAUGAUUCGGGAUGGGAGCUUGGUAUACCUGACAAGAUGGAAAAGAGUAAUACAGACUGGGUAGAUAUAACCCAGGAUUUUGAAGAAGCUUGUAGAGAACUAAAGUUAGGAGAACUGCUUCAUGACAAACUUUUUGGUCUUUUUGAAGCAAUGUCUGCCAUUGAAAUGAUGGAUCCCAAGAUGGAUGCUGGUAUGAUUGGAAACCAAGUUAAUAGAAAAGUUCUGAACUUUGAGCAAGCUAUUAAGGAUGGCACCAUUAAGAUAAAGGAUCUCACUUCACCUGAGCUGAUAGGAAUAAUGGAUACUUGCUUUUGUUGUUUGAUAACAUGGUUAGAGGGGCAUUCCUUGGCACAGACAGUAUUCACUUGCCUUUAUAUUCAUAAUCCGGACUUCAUAGAAGAUCCUGCUAUGAAAGCUUUUGCUCUGGGGAUCCUAAAAAUCUGUGAUAUUGCCAGAGAAAAAGUCAACAAAGCAGCUGUUUUUGAGGAGGAAGAUUUUCAGUCAAUGACAUAUGGAUUUAAAAUGGCCAACACUGUGACAGACCUUAGAGUUACAGGUAUGCUUAAAGAUGUAGAAGAUGACAUGCAAAGACGAGUGAAGAGCACUCGGAGUCGACAAGGAGAAGAGAGAGAUCCUGAAGUUGAACUUGAACAUCAACAAUGUUUGGCUGUAUUCAGCAGAGUAAAGUUUACGCGGGUACUACUGACUGUUCUAAUAGCCUUUACAAAAAAAGAGACAAGUGCAGUUGCAGAAGCUCAGAAAUUGAUGACUCAGGCAGCUGACUUGCUGUCUGCCAUCCAUAACUCAUUACAUCAUGGUAUACAGGCACAGAAUGAUACCACUAAAGGAGAUCACCCUAUUAUGAUGGGCUUUGAACCUCUUGUUAAUCAGAGGUUACUGCCUCCAACUUUCCCUCGGUAUGCAAAAAUAAUUAAAAGGGAAGAAAUGGUCAGUUAUUUUUCCAAACUAAUAGACCGAAUAAAAACUGUAUGUGAAGUGGUAAACUUAACUAAUUUGCACUGUAUAUUGGAUUUUUUCUGUGAAUUUAGUGAGCAAUCACCAUGUGUUCUUUCAAGAUCUCUGUUACAGACAACUUUUCUGGUAGAUAAUAAGAAGGUGUUUGGUACUCACCUCAUGCAAGACAUGGUAAAAGAUGCUUUAAGAUCUUUUGUCAGUCCUCCAGUACUUUCUCCAAAAUGUUGUCUUUAUAACAAUCACCAAGCUAAGGACUACAUUGAUUCCUUUGUGACACAUUGUGUUCGGGUAAGUGUUCGUCCCACUUACCUGAGUGCAUUCAUAUAUGAGUACUUUCAAGACUAUACUUACAUUUGAAAAUGAAACCAGUUA